AUGGCUCGCGCUCCUUUCGUUGUCCCCGCGCUCAAGAAGCAUACCGCCACCGUCAUCAUGGCGCACGGGCUGGGAGACAGUGGACAGGGAUGGAUGGCUCUCGCCCAGAACUGGCGCCGCCGCGGCAAGUUCGAGGAAGUGGCAUUCAUCUUCCCCAAUGCGCCCUCAAUCCCUAUCACAGUCAACUUUGGUAUGAGCAUGCCGGGAUGGUAUGACCUUGCCAAGCUAGGCCGCGACCUCGACUUCGAGGAAAUGGUCCGCACCCAAGAUGAGCCUGGCAUUCUCCGCUCACGCGAGUACUUCGAUAAGCUUAUUAAAGAGGAGAUGGAUAAGGGUAUCAAGGCGUCGCGUAUCAUCCUGGGUGGAUUCUCACAGGGUGGUGCGAUGUCCGUGUUCACCGGACUCACAAGCAAGGAGAAGCUCGGUGGUGUCUUUGGACUCUCGUGCUACCUGCUGUUGAGCGACCGGGUUAAGAACUACCUGCCUGAGGAGUGGGCUAACAAGAAGACCCCGUUCUUCCUGGCUCACGGAGAGGAUGAUGAGGUUGUGCGCUUCGAGUAUGGUCAGAAAUCCUCGCAGAUGCUCAAGGAGAUUGGAUUGGAGGAUGUCAAGUUCAACAAAUACGAGGACCUGGGCCACUCAGCUGAUCCUAAAGAGAUCAACGAUCUUGAGAUGUUCAUUGAAAAGUCUCUUUCAGAGAACGCAUCUGCCGGUCUCUGA